UGUACUGGGAUUCGUCAUUUCUCCUGCAGGCUGAGGUAAAGGCAUGUCGGGCAGCCGUGGACGCUACCAACGUCUGCUUCAGAGGGGUGGGCUUUCUCACACGCUUGGUUAAAUGUAAACACAUCGACGGCGCAAAUAUAGCACAGCCGCAGCGUUGCGUUUAAAAUUUGAGGGAAAGCGAUACAGUUUAGCAGACGCCUUUCCGGACCCAUUCCUCUGUUGCUCGUCACCCCUCCUACACAAGGUUGGGAAAUUCCCUCCACAUGUAUAGUGGUUUGUGAGUUUUGGGGAGCCCGAUGGGGUUGAGUUCGCAGCUCGGGAUUAUGUGCUAGACUGGCGAGCACGGAAAAAGAUUCAGUUACAUGGAAGGUGUGUUUGGGAAUAUUUCGCGAGUACGAGGAGUUAUCGUCACCAAGAAGAGCCUGGCACUGGGACUCCUGUGUGUUUGAAGAAACUGUUGCUUUGAAACGCAUGCGGAUGAGCUUGAGUUUCUCUUGUCAAAGAGUAAGAUUGUGUGCGUGUUUAUGUGUGUGUCUACGAGUUAUCUGAUCCCAUCAUAAGUGGGAGGUGCUCAGGAGCGGAGCUCCAGCGAGGGGCAGAAAUCUACAGGCUGCAGCCUCUCAAACAUGAGCAAACUGACUUUCCACAAUAACAAGACGAUGCAGGACCGUCGGUGUGUGUGUGUGUUCCUCCCCAAUGAUGAAACACUCAAUGUAAUUGUCAGUGUUAAGACUUUAUGUCAAGAGUUGUUGGUGCAGAUAUGUGAUCUGCUCAGGUUGAAGGACUGUCACCUGUUCGGCCUCAGUGUUAUUCAGAAUAAUGAACACAUAUACAUGGAACUGGGACAAAAACUGUCUAAAUAUUGUCCGAAAGAAUGGAAACGAGAGGCCAGCAAGGGAAUUGAUCAGUUUGGACCACCGAUGAUAGUUCACUUUAGAGCACAGUAUUAUGUGGAAAACGGAAGACUUAUCAGUGAUCGCGUGGCACGUUAUUAUUACUAUUGGCACUUGAGGAAGCAGGUCGUGCAGUCUCAGUGUAUUCAGAGAGAGGAGGCUUAUUUCCUGCUUGCUGCAUUCGCUCUGCAGGCUGACCUGGGAAACUUCAAACGUAACAAACACUUUGGUGCCUAUUUCCAGCCAGAAGCUUAUUUUCCCUCCUGGGUGAUUGCGAAAAGAGGUUGUGACUAUAUUCUCCGUCACAUUCCCAACAUGCACAAAGAGCAAUUCGCUCUCACUGCAUCUGAAGCCCAGCUGAAGUACAUUAAGGAAGCAGCGCUCCUGGAUGACGUGGCUGUUCAUUAUUAUCGUCUUUACAAGGAUAAGAAAGAACUGGAAGCCUCUUUAACUCUGGGACUCACCUUACGCGGGAUUCAGGUUUUUCAGAAUGUGGGAACUGUCAGGCAACUCUUGUAUGAUUUUCCCUGGACCAACGUGGGAAAACUGGUGUUUGUGGGUAAGAAGUUUGAGAUCCUUCCUGAUGGCUUGCCCUCCGCUAGGAAGCUCAUCUAUUACACCGGCUGUCCUUUGAGGUCACGACAUCUCCUACAGUUACUCAGCAACAGUCAUCGACUGUACAUGAACCUACAACCUGUGCUGAAACAGGUUCGACGUCUGGAAGAAAAUGAAGAAAAGAAGCAGUAUAGGGAGUCAUACAUCAGUUAUGGUCUGGAGGCAGAUAUGGAUAACCUGGACCAGCGUUCAAGGGCCAGCGGCAGCAGCGCAGGCAGUACAUCACGUCCCAAUCCCUUUUCACGGCACUCCACCACGAGUCACGGCAGCUCCCGCACGUCGGGCGUCGACACCGACAGUUUCCGAACUCCUACAAACACGCCGCACAGACCGCUGAGAACACACUCGUCCUCCAACACCAGCCACGCCAGCACGCACACGUCUGGCAUCGAGAGCAGCAGCAAGGAACACUGCUUGGAUGAAGAUGAGAUCGAGAUGUUGGUCGAUGAUCCGAAAAGCUGUGAAGAUCUUGAUGACUUAGACCUCCACCAGGAGCUGUGUAUCCACAUCACAGAAGAAAUGCUGACAUCAGCGCAGAACAAUGGCUGCUCGGGUUUAGUGGUGAAGGAAGUCAGUUCUUCCACAUCCAGCUCAUCAGAGACGGUUGUGAGAAUGAGAGGCCAGAGCAUCGAAUGUCUUCCCCAGACGGCAAUGGGCAGGAAGGGGCAGAGCUCUACAGAUCGACACAGCCAAUCACUGGAUGAUGUUCGUCUCUUCCAGAGGAACUGUCAAGAGUGGGCGGAGCUUUGCCAGGACACGGCACACAGUUAUACGUUUGGCUGCGAACCCGACCUCGGGGACACCGUCGGAUGUGGGUACCAGGGACUUGCGGAUCAGUGUGCCGGUAUCCGGAAUAACCAGAACGCAUUUCCUAUUAAGAGAACCAGCAAGUAUUUUUCUCUGGAUCUUGACAGAGAGGAUCUGACCAUAGGGCACCUGACCACUGAAGCAGAGCCAGAGUUUGUGGUGUGAGGAAGAGAAACGAAAGGAAUAGUUCACCGCAAAAUGAAAAUUAUAUCAUAAUUUAUUCACCCUCGUCGUUUAAAAUCUGUAUGAUUUUCUUUCUUCUGUAUUUUCAGUGUAAUUUAGCUGUGGCUGUCCUAUGAGAAAUGGAUUUGCAUGCUAUAUUUUUGAAGUCAUCUGAUAGCUUUGUGCUAACAGACAGACUUAAAAUUAAGUUUUAAGUCUCUUCUGCAGCUUAAAUAUGCCCAUAAAAUUUGGUUCAUACCAUUUUUGAGCCCCUGGUCACCAUUCACAUUUAUUAUAUAAAGAACAGAUUUUGUGUUUCGUAAAGAAAGCAAAUCAUACAGCGUUAGAAUGACACAAUCAUUUGAAUAAUGACAGUAUUUAGAUUUAGUUUGAACUCUUCCUAAUACAACAUUAAUGUGUGUGUGCGUGAACAAGCAAGAAAAUCUGCACCAACUUAAUGCCAAAAUAUUAAAAUUGCUUCACCAAAGGAUUUAGAAGUGUGUCGGUGCUGGCUGCCCUAACCCAUAGUGCCUUGAAUACACUAUGCAGGUUCUCGAACAAAUUUUUCUGCACUCCUGUUUACCACCCUCAUCUCCAAGGAAACACCCCACUCUCGUCUCCAAGAAUAACACUAAACCUAAUGAGCUUUUUGGGAUUGUGGGAACCGAAUCAUGUGAGCAUCAUAAUCAGAGGGUCAGAGUCGGGCGUGCCGCUGCAUGCGGUGGAAGAGCGACUGAUGGGAUUUUAUGCCAGUGUGGCUUUUGUACACAGCCAAUACUGGAGCUGCUCAAGGGGUAAAACAGCUUGACUUCAUGUCUUCCAUAGACUGUUGUUCAGACUUUCCCAGUUUUUGUGUCCAACUGGAACUCAAAUGUGUGCAGUUGCUUGGUUAUUUCUUUAUUAUGUAGGUUCAUGUAACUGCUGUGUGUUUUUAUGGUGUGUUGCCUGUCAGUAUUAAGCUGUUAAUGGGAGACAGUAUUAGAAACCUUGUGUAAGGGUUACACGAUGCAUUUCUUCCAUUAUAUAAAUGAGAAAGAGAGAGAGUGUGUACACUUUUGGUUCAAAGGAAGGUAGAAACUAAAUAUAAUGAAGCAUAUCUGAUCUAAAUGUAUUACAAUGAAACCCACCUUUCAUCACAUGCUUCUUCCUUUCCAGAUUGCUGUUUGGAGGUCUUCGGAUGAACGGCACUUAAAAGCUCAUGUGCAUGUGGGCCUUUGUGUCAUGUGACUUAUGCUGAAUACUAAUAUAGUAGCUAUAGAGUACCCACAAACUGUUUUCUCAUUCAUCUGUCUUUUACCCAAACAGCCUUUGAAACAGCAGUGAAUUCAAAAUGCCCCAAUAUCCAGAUUUUGAUUCGUGGAAAGCUUGGAAUGGUUUUUGGAGUUGAAUCAGAUUUUUUGGCACAUGAAUUCGUUCUGUGUGCAGAUGAAAGUCACUCAUACAUGAACUCCAUGUACUGUUUACCCUUUGUUUUUGCAGCUUGACUUUGUCCUUUCUGUGAAAGGAAUUCCCUUUGUGAAAAAUGAAAUGAGAUUUUUCCCAGUUUGUUUGGAGACCCAUACAAAUCUGUUCCCACAUUACAGUGUAUUCUGUGCCUUGCAGGUGCCAAAGUCCUCAAAUGUUUGCAAUAAAAGGUACCUUUAUUUGUACGUAAA